GUUUACGAUCCGUUGUAUUCCAAACAAUUAAGACAAAGGUUUUCUUUUUUACUGAUCAUAAUAUUAUCUGCUGAGCAUAGUGUAAUGCGUAUGGGAAAGUGAGAAUUACCUCAAGGUACAAGCAAUGAAUGACGGUAUUUCCAAAUACGAGUACGAAAUAGAAAUGAAUCUCUAUCGGAAUAUGAUAAAUGGCGAGUAAUCAGUGUUCGUCGUAGUUGCGUUAUCGCAAGCUGUCGCUAGUUCUAACCUGAAGUGAAAGAGACUAACAAUGAAUUUUGACAAUAACAACCUUCCGCACGUUGAGAUUUACAAAAACGAUAUUGAUGUAACUAGAAUUAUUGCCGAAAAAAUUAAACAGUGCGGGCACACAGAUUCGUUUUAUGUAUGUGAUUUUGGUGAAAUUUUAAAAAAAUAUUCUUUGUGGAUCAGUUUAUUACCUGGAAUAAAACCGUUCUAUGCGGUGAAAGCUAAUAAUAGUGGAAAUAUUUUAAAAUUACUAGCCGACUUUGGAUCAAAUUUCGAUUGCGCAUCCAAAAAUGAAAUUGAUCAAAUAUUGUCGCUUGGAAUUCAUCCCGAUAGGAUUAUUUAUGCUCAUACGAUUAAGUCACCUGAGUCUAUACAAUACGCCAAUAAAGUUGGCGUAAAGCUGAUGACUUUUGAUAACUCAGAGGAACUGUAUAAGAUGAAGCAGUUGUGUCCUGAUGUUAGAGCUAUACUGCGUAUUAAGAGCGACGCGAGAGACGCCCUGGUAAAAUUUGGCUCAAAAUUUGGAUGUGAUGUUGAACACGACGCUGAACGUCUUAUACGGUUGGCACAAGACCUCGGUGUAGAUCUUGUCGGUGUGAGCUUCCACGUAGGUUUCGGAUGUAAAGAUUUCGAUGCAUUCUACAACGCAAUUAAACUGACACGCACCGUAUUCAAUUUAGCGAAAGUCCACGGAUACAAUCUCAAUAUACUAGAUAUUGGGGGAGGAUUCCCAGGUACUAAUGAUAGGUAUUUCAGAAAGCUUGCAGUUACAAUAAAUCAAGCGCUUGAUGAGUAUUUUUCCGAUGUGUCAAUUCAAGUGAUUGCAGAACCGGGAACUUUUUUUGUAAAUUCCUCAUUUACGUUAGCCUGUAAUAUUAUAUCUAGAAAAUUCAAUUCGAAUAAUAAGUGGGUUUAUUACAUAAACGAUGGAAUAUUCGGCAGCUUCAACAGAGAUUACUGCUUUAAUGUGCCAAUUACAAUGUAUCCUUUAAAGAACUACCGCAGUAAAAAUGUGUACUCCAGUAUUAUCUUUGGUGUAACCUGUGCAACCCCCGAUAGGUUGACAAACGAUGUCACGAUACCUAACUUGGAAAUUGGCGAUUGGUUAGUUUUUCCAAAUAUGGGAGCGUAUUGCUUAAGUUUGUGCACAUCCUUCAAUGGUUUUUCUAUACCACACAUUUUUUAUAUUGUUAAUGACGACACCCUGGCGGUCGGGCGUUUUUCUCAGGAUUUUCCCUUCAAACGAGCAAGUGUUAGUCUAGAUGAGUCCCUAAACCAUUUCAAUUUGAGGAAACGGUUUAGCACAAUUUUUUGCAUUGAUAAGGAUUAAUUAAAUGUAUUGUUAAUAUUAUCAAACAGUAAAUUAUAGGUAAUUUAAUAAAUGCAAGAUUUUAUAUUU